AAGCUCGUCGCACGCAUUACGGCCGUGGAUCUUGAGUUCCACGUUAGCGGGACGGUUGUUGCGAUUCUACGCUGAGAGCAAUUUGCUAGCCCUGGUAGGACAUUGGUCCGACGCAGUCAGUCCGGCGUGCAGAACAGACCGAUAACAGACGGAAAGAUAGACUCCGCUCUUGUGGCUCGUUGAGAGUUACCUGCGCGCCGGUCGAACAUUGAUCGGUUCGGCGAAGUCUGGACGAGCAGACAGGCAGACGGACAGGCCGGUCGACAAGGACACGCACAAUGGGUUAACUAGGCAAACGGAGAGAGAGCAGAUUGCGGUCGGACUGAAGGAGAGAGCGCUAGGCAGACGGCGGAUUCAGGGCGAACUGCAUCUGCGGACGCGUAGAUUAAUCUGGAGCGUGGGCCAUGGAGCCGGACGGAAGCAUCGAGUCGGCGUCGGUGAUCCGCGUGGUGGUGCUGCAGGUCGGGAGAUCACCGCCUCGGCGUUCCGCAGCUACUCCAACCUCAUCAUGAAGCACAGGGUGAUGCCCCUGCAGGGCGUGUUCGGAUACUACAAGGAGCACCAGAAGAGCCCCUUCUCGCACCAGCCAUGGUCGUCAGGAUCGCUGCGUUUCAACUUCAUCUUGGGAGGCAGCAGCCGCAGCCCCUGGCAGGAGUUUGUGGCGCAGAGAAAGAUCCACGGGGUGAUCGGCGUGUGCCACUGCCCGCGCAUGCCUGACAUUGCAGCAGCCUACGAGGAGUUUGUGCUGGCGUGCAAGGCGUACCCCCUGGCGCAGGUCAAGCGCUGCAUCGCCUUCGACCCCAACACGGAGCAGCUGGCGGAGGAGGACCCGCAGCGGCGCAACCUGGUGAUUCUGUCGGGGGCGGACCAGCAGCGGCUGGAGGCGCUGCUGGUGUCGGUGAUGCACGACUUUGCGGCGUGCGUGCUCAUGGCGCUCGAGAGCUGGGUGCUGCACGUCGACCCCAUCGCUGCCAUCUUCCUCUCGCCGCUUGAUAACCCCAACGUCACGCCCAACGAGGAUGCGGCGAAGCUGAAGAAGAAGCGCUUGGCGCGCAUCCAGAAGGCCAUCGGCGACUACUGCCUGCUGGCAGGGUCCCCUCUGGACGCGCGCAGCCACUACGGCAACCGCCAUCGAGCUCGGCCGCCUCACCAACAGCGGCGACCCGCUCUGGCUCGCCGGGGCCCUGGAAGGACACGUCAGCACCCUGGCGGUGGAGAAGGGGCGAUGGGACGAGGAUCUGGAGGAGGAGAUUCCGCACCAAGUACAGCGAGAUCGUGCCGUUGUACCGCAAGGCGGGCGCCAUGAUCUUUGAGUUGGAGGCGCUCAUCAAAGUCGCCAGAUUCAUCUGCCGCAAGGAGAUGGCACGGGACGUGGUGGACCUGCUGGCCCAGGCGGUGGAGACAGGCAGAGGGCUGCAGAACCCCAGCGACCUGCUCGUGCUCUACAUCGAGGUGGCGCGCAUAUUCCAGCAGCUGGGGUACGAGCGCAAGGCAGCCUUCUUCACGCGCCAGGUGGCCAAGCUGUACGAGCAGCAGGAGUCAAGAUUCGCCGCUGUCAGCGCGCUGCAGGUGCUGGCCCUGGCGUCCUCGUCCUACAAGGUGCAGUCCCUUGCGCUCUCCCCCGUGCUCGCCACCCCCGCUGCCACAGCAGGAACAGC